AUUUUGUUCAAACAACCCAAAAGAACAUUGUCAAAUUCUAAAACAAAUAUUUCAAAAAAAGAAACAAAGAACGAUAAUAUGACUAGACGAACUCUGGGAGCUCCAAAUCCUUAUCCUUCCCUACUCUCACUCUCUGAAACUUUCAGUCUGUUAUGCGUUUGAAAGUUGAACCUUUCAAAAGAUCUUUCUGUUAAGAUUUGUUUUUCCAAUAAGAAGAAGAAGAACCCUACUUUCCCCUGCUUCAAAUAUUUCAAAUUUACAGUGACAAAAACAUUUUUUUUUCUGUUUUCGAUUUGGAGAAAAAAAGAUAUGCAGUCGAAUUUUGAAACAGCAGAGAUUGGUAAUCAACAGUUCAUGGAUUCUAGCUCAUCAGUUUUACCAAUCUUCAGUCCUCAGAAGCAAAACCAGAACCAUUUCCUUCAACAGUUUCAUCAGCAGCAGCCGUUUAGUCAUGUCAGUCAAAUAGCUCAACCGAUUCCGAUUACCCACGACCUGUUUCAACGACAGAAUCAUCUCCAGUUCCAAGCAUUGCUGCAGCAGCAGCAGCAAGAACAGCAGGAAGAAAGCAGGCUGCCAUGGCAGCCGAGCCCUCUAAGUUUCAAGCUUGGUCUCAGUGAAAACAGUGGACCACAUAACUUAGGAUUCAAAAAUUGGCAAACCCAAGAAUAUUAUGGGAUUAUAAGAGAACCCAUGUGCAGUUGGAAGCCUCUUGCCGCGGUAGUCCCCGACACAACAAACAACAGGCAGAGGCAGGAAGAAGGGGAGAGAUGCAGGGACUUGGAGGAAAAACACAGGCUUUAUGGUGAGCUUGAAGCAAUCUAUAACCUUACAAAGAUGGGGGAGGGUAAUCAGAAUCAAACUGGCUCUGGCUCUGCUCUCACCGGCGAAAACUGCCUGAAAAAUGUGGGAUUUCCUGUGGUUUUUGGUGAUUCUAAUGGCCUCAAUGUUGCUCCAGCUGAUACAUUUAGGGCAGAUAACAGAUCGGAAGACUCCAUUGGAGAAGAGGUGUUGGUGAGGAAGAUUCGGAAGAGGAAGAGGAAAAUGAAGGAGCAAUUAAGUUCAAUGACUAGGUUUUUUGAGAACUUGGUGAAGCAGGUUGUGGAUCACCAAGAGAAUCUUCAUAAGAAGUAUUUGGAAGUGAUUGAAAAAAUGGACAAAGAGAGAAGGGAGAGAGAAGAAGCAUGGAGAUGUCAAGCGGAGGAGAACCAUAAGAGAGAAGCCAUGGGCAAACUCCAUGAGCAGGCUAUAGCUUCAAGCAGAGAAGCUCUCAUUGUUUCAUACAUUGAGAAAAUCACUGGCCAAAGAGUCAACCUUCCUCCUAGGGAAAUCCCAUUGUUGUUGCAGCCCGAUAAUUCAAGCGAACCUGAAACCGCAGAGGAAUUGACACCCUCCAAACCUGAUAACGCAAAUAGCAGAUGGCCUCAAAAUGAAGUCGAGGCUUUGAUUCUAGUGCGCAGUAGUGUAGAGUCGAAAUUUGCAGAACUGGGGUCAAAAGGGCAUGUUUGGGAAGAGGUGAGUGCUUUAAUGGCUUCAAUGGGCUAUCAGAAAAGUGCCAGAAGGUGCAAGCAAAAGUGGGAGAACAUCAACAAGUACUUUAGGAAAACCAAAGACGCUGCGAAAAAGCGUCCUCUGAAGUCGAAAACUUGUUCUUAUUUUAGUCAAUUGGGUCAGCUGUACUCAAAAACACCGACCGUCCCUUCAUCGUCGUCUUCGGUUAGCAUGGAUGUUAGCAUUCAAAGGCAAGGAUGUUCGGAGCUUUUAGAAGCCUUUAUUGCAGGAAGAGAGACGGGAGUUGCACAUAAUCUGCCAAAUGGGAAUUUUGAAAUCUCCGAAAAGGGUUCGAGUAGGUUGGAUUUCAAUGGCAUUGGUGAUGGUAAAGUAGAACAUGUGCAAGGAGACUCUGGGAAGGAGAAGGAAAACGAUGAGGAUGAUGAAAACAUGGAUGAAAGAGAAGAGAUGGAUGGUGAUGAUUCUGACGAAUAAGGUAGAGCAUAGCCAUCGGACAAAACUAGGAAGGUACGCCACUUAAUCAUAGCCUGUAGUUCUUUUGUUAACCUAGGAAUUUUGAUGUGUUUUUGGCUAUUUGCUUGAGUCUCAAGCAUUUUUUUAGUAGUGUUUGUUGCUGACAGAGUUUGAAGUUGAAUUAAAUUUUCCUUUUUGGAUAUAACAUAUUGAUUAAUAUUGGAAAA